AUAUCCAUGGGCAUGAGAUAGUAUCGUCGUAUACCUGCUCAGAGUUAAUUUACCUGUCGAUGUUGUUGUUAAGCGUAUCAAUAUAUUCUUCAAGUUUAAUCCCAUUUUAUUGUUGUGAUUAUUGAAGGUAAUUGUGUUACGUUAGAUAUUUGUUCAUCGCAUUUGCUAACGGAUCUUAUUAUUGGCAAUUGUACUUACCAUAAAUUUCGUUCUUUGGAUAUGUGUGCACUUAUCAAUUGCCAAAGAGCAUCUUCUAAAAAAUCCAAAGCUAAAAUAUUCAAUUAUUUCUGCAAGGAAUUAUCGGAUGUACUUGAAUGUGAUCCUGAUACCAUUGAGAGGACAGAUGUCACUUUUGUUGUUGGUCAGAAUGUUUAUCAUGGGAACCAAAAAACAAUUUCCAUAUUGAGUGAGGAGCUGAAAAAAUGCUUUCAGUCAGAAAGCGAAGACUUCGAUCACAGCUCUACACAUGGUUGCAUACUGAAAGUAACUAGAUCAAAGUCUUCGUCUUCACUCAAGGUGUUUAUUGAUGCAUCUGCGGACAUUUUUGAAGCGGUAUUAAAUUAUAUGCUUACUUUAAAGUAAGUUUUGUUUAUAGGAAUCAGGUUUUUCGAAUAUUCGUUGUUUACUUGUAGCAACUGUUUUACUUCACUUGACUUGUAAUAAAUGUAUUAUUAAUACUAGGAGUUUGUAGCGUAUUUAUCGUUUGCAUGGAAUGAUGUUUUUUUACGAUUGAUAUUCAUUUUAAAGGUUUGAUACGUAAAUUAGUUAUGAACAAAUCUACCCUCACGUUCUUCAUUUCAGAGAACUACUUAAACUCAAAUCCUGAACACGUUCAGCAUUCUUUGAAAUUUUCGGAAUUUUGAAUGUAUUUUGCCUAGUGUUUCGCCACGCACAAAGGUUUAGCACAUUUAUGUAACAUUAAAAUGGUUAAGAAAUUUGGUUUUAUUUCAUCCCUUAUAUGUUGUAUAUUAGUGAACAACGGGAAGUUUGUGAAUUUUCUGUUAUUAUCCACAGCAGCACUUUUCUGCAGUUUAAAGUAUCCAAUUUCCCUAAGUGAUGGUAUUUAGAUGAUUUAACCGAACUUUUGUUAAGAUGAGAACAAGAACAUCUAAACCACAUUCUUGCGCAUACACUAAUUAAUGAACGUUGCCUAUUAGCGAAAGCGAUUAGACUGUCGAGUUUCCCGAAUUUUAAAAGUCGUCGGAGAGGUUACGCUUCGUGAUCUGGUGCUAAAAAUAUCAAGUACGUUAGCUAGGGAGUACUGGUUUUUCAGCAAUUAGGUACCAAAUAAAACCUUUUACACAUAAAAUGCACUUUUCGUACUCUAUAGCAGUACACCGUAUGUAGUACGUUUUUUCAUGUCACCGAUAAAAUUUUUUGUAGGAUUCUCAUAUUCCCAUGCUCCUUUCUGUACCACUAAAUCCUAUGGUCAAAAUAGUGAGUGGAUUAUUUAAACCUUAUGUUUUAAAUAUUAUCCUAUAGUAAUGCUUUUUUUCGUUCAGGUAUUUGUUGUGCUGUGAAAGGAUUAAUUGUUUGAACCAUUACAGUAAUAGGACCUAGACUGAUGCUGAUUCAUUCACAUCCCAUUAGAAAUUUAGUAAAUCCAUAUUUCAAGGUAGCUUCUUUUAGCAAAUACUCAUAUUUCUAUAUUAUUCAACAAAGCACAUUUUUAGUAAGUAGGUUUCAAUAUACUACACCUUUUUUAUUAGACAGUGAUUCGGUUUAUCCCGACAAUGUGGUAAAGUACUUAGUUUCAUAUGUAGUAACCAUAUCAACUAGUGGUAGUUAGUACUUUCUGGUCUAUCAACAUUGAUUUAUCUACUCCGUCUGUCAUCGUAGCUUCCUAAUUAAAAACUUUUCCACUUAUACCAGGCUUACUGUGCCCGAAGACCUAAUACCACACGUUUACUAUCUGUCAAAAUGUCUACAGAUCAAAACUUUGGAGACAACGUGCAUCGAGUUUUUAAUUCACAAUUUAUCAAUCAACAGUGUUGGGGUUCUGUGUAGCUUUAUUCAGUUCAGUGGGGUUUAUCAAAAUAGUAAUGAAUUUGCUACAAGUCUCACAUCUUAUUCGCCAGAAAUGUGCCUAACAAAAACAUUACACCACUACUUGUUAACGGAAGCAGAUGCCAUCGCUUGUUCUCAAACAGGAAUUCUUAGUGCUCGUUUGAUAGUAAACCUUACAGGCAAUUUCGAUUCAUCAGAUGAUCAAAAUGGAAUUCAAGAACCUUCCAACGAAUAUUUAGCCGUUGGAGUUUUGCGAUGGGCAUUUGAAAAGUUAUUAACAGGCGAAAGACUGGCAAGGGCGGGAAGUGAAGAUAAUGUUUGUUCGGACGAUGAAGAAAGUGACGGGAAUGGCAGCAGUCAUGCUGUUGGGAACUCUAAUGGAUCACAGCGUAAACGAGCAGGUAGUCAAUUUCAGUUUUUGGCUCAAAAAAAUUUGUUAAAUGGAAUUCGUUCAAAAUGUGGUACAUCAGCUCAGUAUAGCCUCGCUUCAGAUGACAAUGAUGAUAGCGAUGAUUUAAAUUCAGAAACUAAAGCCGAGGAACGUGGCUCAGUUUCAGACACUCUGAAUUCAUUACGAUAUUAUAGUACACAAGAUAUACGAAUUUCGGUCGAUAUAAAUGAUUUACCUUUGAGUAAAGACGAAAAUGAAAUGAGUAACAUAUCUCAGAAUGCACAUAGUUUAUUAACUGUUUGUUUAACAACUGGUAAUCAAGAAUCAGAGACUUGUUUACUGGCACCAACAUCUCUUGGAGUUCGAUCAACAUCAAUUUGGUUAGGCAAAUUAGCAGGUUAUUUGGUUAGCCUAUCGAUAAAACGUUGUCCCCCGACACAUCGAUCUAUCCAACAGUUGGAUCAAGAAUUAAUGAAUGAAGUCAAUCAGUCACGAAGUCGUCACCAAAGUCGUGGUUCAUCUAUUUCGAAUACUUCCAGUAUACCAAAUGAUUUAAACAGUCUAAUUGAAAAUGAAUUUAACACCACCAAGUGUUGUGCUGAAAGUGUCUGUCCAGAAUUGUCCGAGUGUACGAGUACCGCUGUACCGAAAUCGGAUAAUGAUGAUGAAGUAACCCGUACAGUAACCGGCAGUUCUGCUUCAAAUUUAGCGCGAGCCAUUGUUGGAUCGUCUUUACUUCAUCAAUCAUUCACUGAUCAAGUCUAUCAAAGUGAAAUUCUCUGCAUUAGUCAUAAUGAUGGUACAGGCCAGGAUUUCCCAUUACGUAUGUUAGAAGCUCGGUCAAGUUUUGGCAUUGGACAAUUGAGUUGUAAUUCAAAGCAUUACAUUGCAAUUAUUGGCGGUUAUAAUCGUAAAGGUUGUUUAGAUAGUAUGGAAUUAUUCGUUGAAAACAAUAGUAAUCCGCAGUAUGAAUCAUGUAACGAUGAAGAUUCACCUGUAUCUCCUCCUAUUAUUGGUCCACGACUGACAAAACAGAGAGGUCGGUUAGCUGUAGUAUCCAGUUACUUACAAUCAUUUUCUGAUUUUCCUGAUAUAAUUUAUGCUUGUGGUGGUUCGACAGGCUCCAAGGAUUUAGCAUCUGUAGAUAAACUAACAUGUGAGGCACUGGGAUCCUGGCUUAUCAAUCAUGAAGUGGUAACCAAAAGCCAUCAUGAUAACUUUGACGAACACGUGUAUACAAACGGCUCUCGGAAAAGUUCUGAUUUCCGUACACGAACAGAUUCAAUAGCACAUAGUCAUGCGUCUUCAAAUGGAUGUGGUCUAUCAAAUGUUACAUUUUGGCAGACGAUAAAGAGUUUACAUGAAGCUCGAACUAAUCCAGUUGGUGUAGAUCUUAGUGGACUUCAACAAGGACCGCUUAUCACAAAUACAAAGGGGUCAGUCCUUGUUGCUGGCGGAGUAUCAGACGCACAGUUUCUAUCUUCUGUUGAAGCCUACAUUCCAGAUAGAGAUGAAUGGAUUUAUAUGCCAUCCAUGUUACAAGGUCGUUGUGAAGCAUGUGCUAAUGUUUUGACCUCACGAAAUCUCAUUGUUGUUAUCGGUGGAGUUGUCAAUACAAACACUAUGUAUAAUACUAGUCAAAAUGUAACUGUUGAAGCAUUAGAUCCUCGUUGUGAUACUUGGUUUUAUAUUCCUAAUACAUUAGGCAAUUCAUUCGGACAACUUCGUGGUGCCAGUUUAACAUAUUGUCCGAAUUCUAAAGAUAAUUUGCUAUUAGUUGGUGGAUAUAAUGGUCAUGAAACGUUAGAUACUACAUGGAUAUUUGAUUCAGUUGCUUGGAAAUGGCGUUCAGGACCAAAUUUAAUAUUUGCUCGUUCUAGCUGUUGUACAACAUUGACAUCAGAUCAACGUUAUAAUUUAGUAUUUGGUGGUUAUAAUCCAUUGAAAUUUAACACUGGAUUUUCAGAUACAAUUGAAAUGAUCUUCUAAACAAAAUAAUUAUUUUUCUUACUUUUUUGUUAUUCUGUUAGUCUUUUUAUGUUAUUACUUCAUUUGUUUGUGUUUUUGUUUUUUCUAAUCCUUAAUCACACUGAAUGGCGUUACCGGUUCUGUUUGGUCUCAUUAUAUUAUACUGUUGUUUAUACCUCUCAUUUGUGUAUGUCUAGCUAUCGAAAUGUCUAUGUCAGUAGUGUUCACAUGGUAUGUCACUAUUUUAUGUUUUGAAGGUAAUUUCACAUGACUUACACACAUACACACUGUCUAUGUAUGUAUGAUACAUAUUUGUGUGAUAAAAAAGUUUUAUGUGCGUGCACACUUUCUUUUGUGUACUAGAGUUUUUAUCUUUUCUUCAAUUUUACCAGUAGUAGACUAUUUCAUCAUUCAUCUGCACGUAUAUUCAUCAAUAACAGUAAAUAAAAUAUUGUAGACUGUAAUUUG